GCCAUUCAUCAUGCCCAUCGGAAUCCUCCACCAGGGCUUCACCGAGGGCUUAGACUCUAUACCCUAUGGCUGGCCCAUAGUGAAGUUAGCCUCUAUUAUUGGAGUGCUCUACCUGUUGAAAUGGUUCUUCAAUGGCGCAAUCAAUCGCUCGGAGCGGAACAUGCAUUCCAAGGUGGUUAUGGUUACGGGAGGCACAGCUGGUAUUGGUGCUGAGGUAGUCAAAGGCCUUGCAUCACGUGGUGCUCAAAUCAUCCUUCUGGUUCAGCAACCCCUCUCCGACCCCUUCCUCGUCGACUACAUCGAAGACCUGCGAGAACAGACUGGCAACGAGCUCAUCACCGCUGAACAUGUUGACCUUACUUCGCUACACAGCAUACGUAUCUUUGCAACGAAAUGGGUCGACAACGCCCCACCACGCCGUCUCGACACAAUCGUUCUCUGCGCAAACACAAUGACACCUAUGGGCUGCAAGGCAGCUAUCACUGAAGACGGACUCGAAUCUACAUGGGGUUUAAACUAUAUGGCGAACUUCCACCUCCUCAGCAUCCUCAGUCCCGCACUCCGCGCCCAACCGCCAGAUCGAGACGUACGCAUCAUCUUUGGCACAUGCAGCGCAUACAUGGCUGGAAAGAUGCCAGACUUCGACGCGAAGCCGAGCUCGAAGAAGGCAAAGGGCGACGCUGAGCAGACCGAGUUUAUGCCCUCCAGCGUCUACGCCACCUCAAAGCUUGCGCUCAUGACCUUCGCCGUAGCUUUCCAAAAGCACCUCAACGCCUACGUCCGCCCUGACAAGAAGCCCAUGAACGCCCGCGUCAUAAUGGUCGACCCAGGCUGGACCCGCACACCCGGCAUGCGGCGCCACCUCACCUUCGGCACGCUAUGGGGUCUCGCAGCUUACCUCAUCAUGUGGCCCGUCUGGUGGCUCGUCCUGAAGAGCGCCGACCAGGGUGCACAAACGUUUCUCUAUGCCGUGAUGGAAGCAGAGUGGGGCAGAGGCGAGGGCGGAUACUUCCUGAAGGAGUGCAGGAAGGUAGGCUGGUCGCGCAACGAGAUCAACGACGAAGAUCUGCAGAAGAAGCUCUGGGCGAGUAGCGAGAAGACGAUUGAGUUGCUGGAGAAGGAAGGUGCGAAGAUGAGAGCGACUAAGAAAAAGGAGAGUGAGAAGGCGGAGAAGAAGGAGGCGAGUAGUACGGCGAAGGAGGGAAAUGGCCAGGCGAAGCAGAGGAAGGGCCGAUGAGUCAUCACUCGAUGAUAGCAAAAGCGCAGGCAUGCAAAACAUCACAACAACAUACACAAUAUCAUACGCGUCAUUCUGCUCGCAUCGUCCCAGGUGCUGUCGCAUCGAGGUGCUACUUGCGGGCCCGCUCGAUGCGAUCAGGUCAGCACGCCUUUUGCAUUAAUCCUUGGGAGCGCGGGCGACUACAACUCGCGUGCAGAUUGAGAUGGUAACCCAAUGCCACAUUUUGGUGACUACAAUACUGUCCAGUUCUCCAAUCAUGCUGGAGAUUUCGAUAUUCGGACAGCAGCAGUCGCAGUCUGA